UUUCUUGAUCAUCCUAUUAUUAAAAUUUCUGAAUUAGUUGUGUCAGACUUUGUAAAUUUAAAAUUUAAUGUGUAUUUUAUUAGUUCGAAUAAGAGUGUGCGCUUAGACAGAAGUGGGAGGGGCCCGCUGCGGUGUAUAAAUUUGAGGAGCGUGAGUUACGAGGACGCACUACUUUUACAGAUUUCGAGGUUAACACUUGAAGCAUUUCUCUAUUUAAAUUAUAUUUCAGAAAUAAAAAAAAAAAAAAAAAAUGGAAAACGAACAUAACCGACCGUCAAUUGAAAUUCGUAUAAAAAUAUACGACGAACAAUACGACAGUGAAGGAAACAGUAUUGUUUCUAGUAGUGACAGUGAAGCCACUACUGUUAUAUUCACCAAUGAAGAUCAGGGUAACAAUAUUCCAGUAUAUGAUGAUGACGAUAUAUUAGAAAAUAAUAUUAGCGAUGAAGAGAUUUCAGAAAUGGAUGCAUUACUACAAUCCCCAGAUUUACCAGCUACGGAGGAAACCUUUAAUAAUGAAUAUCACCACGGUUAUAUGGAGAAUCAAGAUGUUGAAGUUGAUGACGAUGUAUUGAUAAUCGAUGAAACCUUUAAUAAUGAAUAUCACCACGGUUAUAUGGAGAAUCAAGAUGUUGAAGUUGAUGACGAUGUAUUGAUAAUCGAUGAAACCUUUAAUAAUGAAUAUCACCACGGUUAUAUGGAGAAUCAAGAUGUUGAAGUUGAUGACGAUGUAUUGAUAAUCGAUAUUAGCGAUGAGGAAGUUUCUGAAAUAUUAGAAAAUCCUCUAGACAACGAGAUUGACAUGUCACCGGAGCCUCCCCAAACACCAUCUCCAAUUCUAUCUGAAUCAUCAGAUAUUUUCACUGAUUUCAAUGAUAAAAGAAAAAUGGAAAAAUCACUUUCUCAUUCCUAUUAUGAUGAUGAUGAUGACAGUAAUGAUGGAGCGGAAAGGACGUUCAUCUUAAUUUUUGAGAGUGAUGAAGAUGAUUAUGAUAGUGAAGGGUCCACUAUAUCUGAAAGCUCUGAUGAUAGUGAGGUUGAUAGUGAGAUUGAUAGUGAGGAUGAUGAUGAUGAUGAUGUAUCCCUCAUUGUCAGUCGGAUUAUUGUUAUUACAGGGGUGGAUUUGUUACAACUCCCCUCCGAGUCAUCAGUUACAACAGAUUCUAAAAAAUAA